AUGGGUAUUACCGGCUUGCUACCAUUCCUGGAGAAGGCUAGCAGCGCGUGCCAUUUGCGUGACCUGCGAGGCAAAUGUGUGGCAAUAGACACCUACUGCUGGUUGCACCGUGGAGCGUUUGCCUGUGCGGAACGGUUAGCCCGCGGUGAACCCACCGAUAUUCACAUUCUGUAUUGCCUGAAAUAUGUCCAGCUGCUGCUAUCGUACAACAUUAAACCGAUUCUCGUAUUCGAUGGACAACAUUUGCCGGCCAAAGCGGCGACCGAAGCAAAGAGACGCGAAAACCGAGCCAAUGCCCGCAAACGGGGAGCCGAAUUGUUGCGCCUGGGUCGCAUAGACGAGGCGCGUAGUUUCCUGCGUCGAUGUGUGGACAUUACGCACGAGAUGGCAUUACAGUUGAUACAGGAAUGUCGCAAACGUGGUGUCGAUUGUAUUGUGGCACCGUACGAAGCGGAUGCACAGCUGGCGUACCUGAAUCGGGUCGACAUCGCCCAGUACGUCAUUACGGAAGAUUCCGAUUUGGUGCUGUUCGGGUGCAAUAGAAUUCUCUUCAAGUUGGAUCUGACUGGGAAUGGGCGGUUGGUGGAGGCUAGCAAACUGCAUCUCGCGAUGGGUUGCCGGGAGGAUCGGUAUAGGUUCGAGAAGUUUCGCUACAUGUGUAUCCUUUCCGGGUGCGAUUAUUUAGAUUCAUUGCCCGGGAUUGGGUUGGCCAAAGCGUGCAAAUUUGUGCUGAAAACGGAAGAUCCGGACAUACGAAGAGCGUUGGCAAAAAUACCGGCCUAUCUUAAUAUGCGACAACUGGUCGUGACGGAGGACUAUAAGGAUGCAUUUUUGAAAGCCGAUGCUACCUUCCGACACAUGGUGGUGUACGAUCCUGUGUGUCGACGGCAGACACGAUUGUCCGAUCCGGACGAAGAAUCCACUCCCGAGCAGUACUGUUGCAAUGCGGGUCAAUUCUUGGAUGAAGCGAUCGCAUUCGAGAUGGCGAUUGGAAAUUUGGAUCCAUUUUCACUGCGCAAACUAGACGAUUGGCAUCCGGACGUAGCAGGCGAUGGUGAGGAAAUGUCUGCAAAUGCGAAAAAAAUGCGUCAUCUUAGCAUCUGGAGGACGGAUUAUGCAACGCUGAAGGAAGCAACGAAAGAAACGGGAACGAAAGCACAUAAAUCUUCAUCACUGACAACAUUUGUAAAGCGAACGGUGCUCAAACAAGAAGAGAAUCAAGUAGAGCUAGAAUGCAAGGAAACGAUCGCCGAUGUUUUGCAAGGAUACGGCAUACAAUCAGACGAACCUUCCUCAAAGCGAUUGUGCCAUAUAACAUCGGAUGUGUCCAGUUCCACCACGUCCACGUCGAAGGUUGCGCUCGAGUACAGGGACCUAGAAGCGUUGGAUGUGAUGGGACAGUUGGAUCAACCUGCAACGCCGAAACGGAAGCGCAAUCCUUUUGCCAUCUCACCGGCCAAACGUACCCUGGGAGGUAAAGAUUCGCCCGAAGUAUUACUGUCACCGACGAAGAUAACUGCGGCUAACCGAUCGCUCCUGCAUAAUGUAAGUCCGGUAAAAAGGAUCGAUUAUUCUCAGCAACGAAGCCAGGGGGGCGAGGUUGUAGCAUCGGGGAGUCGAUUUGGUCGGUUGAAAACGGCACACGACAAAGGAGUUGUAGCCGAUGAACCUAAAGUGAUAAGUCGCUUUUUCUGCACAAAAGCCAGUGUAAAGAUUCAAACUAAUCGUUUGAUAGGCAGUCCCAAGAAAGUGGGCUCUUCCGGUGCAGAUGCCGAUAGUCUCGUGUCACCCACUGCCAUUGUAAAGGAGCUUAAAAGUAAGCGAGAUGCACAAACGCUACGAGCGACUGCGAUCUAUCUCAGCUCACCGGAAGCGCGGUUGCCGAAUCGUGGUGAUCGUACGCCUGAGAAACGUAGGGCUCAUACAACGCCCGGAUCAGAUAAGGAAGGGAUCAUUGGUCAGCUGGACAGCGGUAUAGCAACGGCGGAAGAAGAUAGCAAUACGGGAUUAAGCUCCUCACAAAAAGAAAAUGACGAUUUCGAGAUGCUAGAUACGAUGGAAACGAAUAGUGCAAAACAAAAUAGAUCAUCACCACGUACCGUUCGAUUGGCGUUGUUUGAGCGACAGGUUAAGAAACCGUUGGCUCAAUCACCGAACCGUUCGGAUGCAGCAGAAGAACUUGCAAUCGUACUUGACGAUAGUAGUAACGAUGGGGACGACGGUGUAGGAAAACAAGAAAUAGCCGAUGCGUUGAAGACUGAAGCACCUAUAACGACACUGCCGUCAGCACCGUCAGCACGUACAGCUACUAAAACGUUAGUCAAAUCACCCGUUAAAACUAAGGCACGUUCGACAUGUAAACGGCCAGGAUUAUCCGCCAACAAGAGGCAAGCCUCCAAGGGGGAUAGUGGUACAGGAGGAAUGACGCAAAGUCGACUAUCCAUGUUCGGGUUUCAGAAGAAGCCUUCGAUGCAACUCAACAAUCGGUAG